AUGAUGCCGUCCGCAAUCGCCAUCAAGAAAAUCGACGGCAAGCCAGGAAAAGUCUACUACCCCCUCGAGAAAAUCACCAUCCCGGAACCGUCGCCAAGAGAGAACGAGGCUGUGAUAACCCUCACCGCCGCCGCCCUCAACCACCGCGACCUCUUCAUCCGGCAACACCUCUACCCGGGGACCACUUUCGGCGUCCCGCUCCUCGCCGACGGGGUGGGCAUCGUCACUUCCAGCGGCGCCGGCGCCAAACCCUGGCUCAACGCGCGCGUACUGCUGAACCCCGGGACCGGGUGGACGUCAUCCCCCGACGGCCCGGAAGCACCCAAGGGGUACGCGAUCCUCGGCGGCACGAAGAGCAACCCGGCGGGCACGCUGGCCGAGAGCAUCGUGCUCGAUAAAGGCGAGCUGGAGGUCUGUCCGCCGCACUUGAGCGACGACGAGGCCGCGGCGCUGCCUCUCACCGGCUUGACCGCGUGGCGCGCGUUCCGCGUCAAGUGCGGCGACAACGCGCAGCGCGGGCGCAACCUGCUCGUGACGGGGAUCGGAGGCGGCGUGGCGCUGAUGGUGCUGUUGUUCGGUGUGGCGGAGGGAUGCAACGUCUUCGUGACGUCCAGCGACCAGGCCAAGAUCGACAAAGCAGUGCGGCUGGGCGCCAAGGGCGGCGUCAGCUACCGAGAAAAAGACUGGGACAAGAAGCUGCAAUCCCUGCUCCCCGCACACCGGAACUAUCUCGAUGCCAUCGUGGACGGCGCCGGCGGUGAUGUCGUCAGCAAGGGGAGUAGACUGCUCAAGCCCGGCGGCAUCAUCUCCAUCUACGGCAUGACGCUCUCGCCGAAGAUGGACUUCCUGAUGAGCGCCGUCCUGCGCAACAUCGAAGUGCGCGGCUCCACCAUGGGCUCGCGCACCGAGUUCGCAGACAUGGUUGCGUUUGUGCGCGAGAAGCAGCUCAGGCCUGUGGUGAGCCGCAGCGUGCACGGUCUGGAUAUCGAGAAGAUCGACGGGCUGUUCGAGGAUAUGCGCAGUGCGCGGCAGUUUGGGAAGUUGGUCGUCACGCUGGGCGAGCAGAGGAGGGCGAGCAAGCUGUAG